AUGUCUUUAACCACGACAACUGAACCGUAUGUACCGGGUACGAUCCAAUUUUCCCAGUAUUUGGAACAAUUAGAGUUUUUAUUCGAGCAUAAUAAUUACUCUGCUGACAAGUAUAAGAUUUUCUUUUUGGCCGUUUGUGGCACUGAGAUUUAUAAUCAAGUUAAGCUUUUGUUUCCGGGUCAGAACGUUAGGGAUUUGAGCUAUAAGCAAAUCACCGAUGAAUUGAAAAAGAGAUACGAUAAGAAAGACUCUGACGUGAUACACACUUAUAAAUUUUGGACUCGUAGGCAGGGACAGCAUGAGAAAUCUGAAGAUUUUGUGCUUGCCGUGAAACAAUUGGCUGAGUUGUGUGAUUUUGGUGAUUUUAAGGAUCGUGCCAUUCGUGAUGCGCUAGUAAUCGGAACCUAUGACCGACAAUUACAGAAGAGGUUAUUUGAUGAGGAUAUUCUCACAGCUGCUAAGGCAGAAAAAUUAAUUGUGAGUCAAGAGCUGUCGUCGGAUAGGACUCGUUUUGUGAACCGUGACGAGGAAAAGAGGGUCAGUAUUGUAGCCAGAAAAUGCUCAAUCGAAGAGAGCCAUAAGAAGCUGUAUGUGAUUGAUGGUAAUAGGCUUAGCAUUUUGGGGAAAAUACGGGUCUCUGUACGGCUGAAUGGAUUCAUUAGAGAACUUUACAUGGUAGUGCUGCAGGUGGACAAGGACUUCGUGCCGCUGAUGGGUCGUAGCUGGCUGGAUAUUUUUUACAGUGGAUGGAGAAACACCUUUGUCCGACCAUUGAUGCUAGAUCAACGUGUAAACGCCAUGACAGAUGAUGAUGUAAGAGAAGAAGCUGUUGUAGAAAUAGAAAACGAUACACCUGUAUUUAAGAAGGCGUAUGAGGUGCCUUUGAGAUUGAGGGACAAGGUUGUCGAGCAUCUCGAUGCUUUGGAAAAAGACGGUGUAAUUACUCCAAUUGAGGCGAGUGAAUGGGCAUCGCCUGUCGUAGUGGUGAUCAAAAAAGACCAAGGAAUAAGACUUGUCAUAGACUGCAAAGUUUCUAUUAAUAAAUUGAUCAUUCCUAACAAAUACCCGCUACCAUUGCCACAAGAUUUGUUCGCAGCUCUCUCUGGUUCUAAGCUGUUUGCUCUUUGGAUCUUGCUGGUGCUUAUUCUCAGCUUUUGCUUUCAAAGCGAUCCAAAAGGUUUAUGGUAA